UUCGAUUGAAUGUCUAGUUGUUGUCGUACAUUUAAGAGGUCAAUACAUCGCCUCUACUCGUCCUACUCUGUGCGGACAAGUGAAGAGAUACCGCUGAUGAAAUAAAAGGCAUUCACACACACAUCGACAUGGGAAAAUUAACUGAAGCUGAAAAUGUUCCUCCAAGAGGUCUGGGCAUGCGUCACUUGCAGACGUUCCUGCUGUUCUUGGCGCUGUGUUUGGUGUACAGCAUGCGCGUGAACAUCAGUAUGGCCAUCGUUGACAUGACCGACACUACUAAGGAAGACCACUUCGAGUGGAGCUACAGCAUACAGUCGAUGAUCCUGUCGUCGUUCUUCUGGGGCUACGUGCUGCUCAUGCUGCCCUCUGGCGAACUGGCCAAACGCUUUGGCGGCAAGGCGCUCAUCACUAUCUCCGUUGGUGUGAAUGCGCUCGUCUCUCUGAUCCUGCCAACUGCCGCUUAUUAUGGCGGCUGGAAGUUCGUGGUGGUGUGUCGCAUACUGCAGGGCAUGUCUCAGUCGUUUGUGUUCCCCUCCAUGCACCACCUCGUAAGCCAGUGGAUACCACUAGAAGAGAAAGGCACGCUCAGCACUAUCAUAUAUGCCGGCAGUCAGCUAGGUGUGGCCAUCCAGCUCAUCUCGUCCGGGUUCAUUGCGUCUGCAUGGGGAUGGAAGGCGAUCUUCUACUCCAACGCGCUGCUGGGCGGUCUGUGGACCGUCGCAUAUAUCUUCCUCGGCGCCGCCUCGCCUGAGCAGUCCAAGAUGAUCUCACAACAUGAACUCACAUACAUUCAAACGUCUUUAGGACGAACUGAAGAACAAAAGAAACACCGCACUCCGUGGCUGAAGAUCGUGACUUGCUUCCCGUUCUGGGCGGCCGUGGUGGCGCACUGCGGACAGAACUGGGGCUUCUUCACGCUCAUGACGGAGAUGCCCACAUACAUGGCUAAAGUGCUAGAUGUCAACUUGAAAAAGAACGGCAUGCUGUCCUCUCUGCCGUACCUGGCCAUGUACCUGCUGAGCUUCCCCGUGGGCUUCCUCACCGACUUACUCAUCAGGCGCCGCUGGCUCAGCAUAACCAACACCAGGAAGUUGGCGAACUCUAUAGGUCUUUGGGGUCCGGCUCUCGCAUUAAUCGGUCUCUCUUACGCGCCUGAAGGCAACAUGGUGGUGUCCGUGCUCAUGUUGACAGUAACGCUGGGCAUCAACGCUGGUCACUUCACAGGCUACAUGUUAAUUUUGGUAGACUUGGCGCCAAACUUCAGUUCGUCUCUGAUGGCCAUCUCCAACUUCUUCGCUAACAUAACAUCUAUCAUAGCGCCCUUGAUUUGCGGUGUCAUUAUACAGGAUGAGACAGAUCCAGCAGAGUGGCGGAAGGUGUUCUUCUUGGCGUCGGGCAUCUACUUCUGUACCAAUCUGUGUUUCGUUCUGUUCACGACGUCCAACAAACAGCCCUGGAACGACCCCGAGGAAAAUGAUUCCGAAGAGAACGCAGCAAAACCUGUCGAAAAAUAAUUCUUAGGAGCAUACGACUGACGUGUGUUUUGUACCUGAACUGUUGUUGAUACAAAUACACUUACUCGUAUAUUAUGUACGAAUUACUUAAAUAAUAAGAC